GAGCUGCCAGGGUCGGUGAAAGUACUGCUCAGACCAAGACUUCGGUUCAUAACAUCCUACAAAGUACUACCCCAAGAGACAUAUAGAGACAAAGAGAAAGCGGAUGAUAUAGACAGCAACCCGAGGUCCUCCACCAGAGAAGGUUUGCUGGAAUGGGUAACCUGCUAAAAGUCCUAACAAGGGAAAUAGAGAACUAUCCACACUUUUUCCUGGACUUUGAAAAUGCACAGCCGACAGAAGGAGAGCGUGAGGUGUGGAACCAGGUGAACUCAGUCCUCCAGGACUCUGAGAGCAUCCUGUCUGGCCUGCAGGCGUACAAAGGAGCCGGCCAGGAGAUCAGAGAUGCAAUUCAAAACCCCAACGACUUCAUGCUGCAGGAGCGAGCCUGGAACUCGGUCUGCCCGCUGGUCAUCAAACUCAAGAAGUUCUACAGUUUCUCUCUCAGACUAGAGGAGGCUCUGCAGAGUUUGUUGGAGUGCCUGACAUGUCCGUCCUUCACACCCACUCAACACCUAGAGAGGGAGCAGGCGCUGGCUAAACAGUUUGCUGAGAUCCUCCACUUCACUCUGCGCUUUGAUGAGCUAAAGAUGAGAAUUCCUGCCAUCCAGAAUGACUUCAGCUACUACAGAAGAACCAUCAGUCGAAACCGGAUAAACAAUAUGAAUUUAGACAUUGAGAAUGAAGUCAACAAUGAGAUGGCCAACAGGAUGUCUCUGUUCUACGCCGAAGCCACACCCAUGCUGAAAACACUCAGCAACGCAACCACAAACUUUGUGACAGAGAACAAGACUCUUCCACUGGAGAACACAACAGACUGUCUCAGCACCAUGGCCAGCGUCUGUAAAGUCAUGCUGGAGACACCGGAAUAUUCGAGUCGUUUCAGCAGCGAGGACACGCUCUUGUUUUGCAUGAGGGUCAUGGUCGGAGUCAUCAUUCUUUAUGACCAUGUCCACCCCAACGGCGCCUUCAACAAGUCCUCAAAGAUAGAUAUGAAAGGCUGCAUAAAAGUCCUGAAGGACCAGCCGGCAGACAACGUAGAAGGCCUCCUGAAUGCCCUCAAAUUCACCACAAAACACCUGAACGACGAGUCCACUCCGAAGAACAUCCGGACGAUGCUCCAGUAAUGUUUGUUCUUUUUUUUUUAUAUAUAUAAAUAGAUAUGAAGAGGAUCAAUGCUCUGACCUCAAAUAAGAUGUAUAUGUUUACAUUAUUUAAAAAAAGACACGAUGUUAAUACUUGUGUGUAUUUGCAUAGUCAUUCCCUCAAAGCUAUUGAAACCUGCAGAACAUGUACCUUCUACUUUGCAAAAAAAAAUCUGAAGGCAUCACAUGAAUUGCCUCUACUGAUAACAGCUGUCAAAGCACAAAUGAUGGAUACCUAUCAGCCUUAUAUAACUAACAAGCAGCACUUGGAAAUAAAUGAACAAGGCAGCAUAAACAUGUCCUUUAACAAAUCUUUUCAAUCUUUUAUGUGACAAUGGAAUUAGUUUAGUGUCCGGGUUUUAGUCAAAUUCAACCUGGUAUUUUGAAGCAAAAUAAAUCUUUUUUUGAAAGAGUGAACAUUUUAAAUUCUGACACUGGUUCUCGUUUAUAUCACAAUGAAAAUUCAACAUGUAUUAAAACAAGUGAAGUUGUUUGUGUUUUCACUUGAUCUACAAAGAAUGAUAUUUAAUGACAAAUAAAUCCAUGAAAUCAAUCAAUGUUGAGAUGGACAUUUUUGUUGCAGUGAAGGGCUAAAUAUUGAAAGCGAAUAAGGGAUUGGUUGGUUUGAUGUACGUAUUACUAAAAGCAUUAGGGUGUUUUCUCUUUUUAUAGUCAGCUGUUGUAUUUGUCUUUCUUUAUUUUCAAACUCAAACCUUGUGCAACUGUUAAAAUAAAUCCACUGUGAACAUAAAACUUACUUUGCACAUCCAGUAAGAUCCAGUAUGUCAAAGUUUGCUUUAACUUAGAGGUUUUGCUGAUUGCGAAGGCCGUGAUAAUGAAACACAAAAUCAAAUCAACCCACCAAAUGUUUUAAUUGUUUUGUAGCAAUGCUCUGAAUGAUAGUUGUGUGUUUUGCCAUGUUUUAAGUGACUUUUUUUUUUUUUUUUGGUUGCUUUUGUAUUAAACAGAAAAUGCAUUUCUCUAAAAGAAAAGCCAAAAAUCUUUAAUUCUGAAUAAAUAAUGUGUGCUUCUUAACCGAACAAGUUAUUAAAAAGAAAGCUUUUUAAAAAAUCUUUCCUUAAAAGUUUCCAUUCUUUAAAAAAAAAAAAAAAAAAAUCUGUUUAACCCUCUGGAUCUAUUUCCAGAUGGGUUAAAGGAAUAAUUCGCCUGUCUCCUAUGGCGAGACCAAUGUGACCAGGUAAUUUUUUAAAUAUGAAUUUCUGAUAUAGUUUAAACAUGACAUGUAGACAUGUUUAAAACCACAUUUGAGUUUAUGAAGCCCCUGUAAACUCUGUUUAUUGCCUUCUAUACAUCAAACUACGCCCAGGAUCAUUUCAGAGCCUGAGAAAUGGCAGUUAAAUUGGACUGCUGAAGUAAGAGUUAAUAACUUUCAAAACUUAGUCUGUUUUCCUUCUCCUUUUGUGAGUAUGAUCAGUGUCACUGAUCAUAGCCAAUAUGGGAAUCUACUGUGUAUUACUGAUAUCCUCGCUCAUUCAUACUAACGUUACAACGUGGGUGUUCCUGAUUGUUGUUCAUUUCCUCAGUGUUCAACUGCAGCUCCUAACAUACUCAAACUAACCUGCUCACGAGGUUGGACAAUCUCAUCAUCAGAGACUGUUGUACAGUGCUUUAAGUUCAAUUAUGGUUAAUUUUUACUGUAAUCUCUGAAGGCUAAUGGAUAAGAUUGUGUGUGUGUAUUAAAAGAUGCAACUAAUAAAUAGAUCAGUUGUUAAGACACAUUUUAUUUUUGGUAAAACUGUUGUAAAACCUUCUACUUCCACUUUUCCAGAGGAAUAACUGAGCAGAUUUCUGCAUCUAACAUAUUACAAUAAUAACUUUCUGACUUGCCCACACCAUACCAUCAUCACCCCGGUGAUCUUACAAUAUGGAAAUGUCUGUGGCUUAUCAUGGAGCACAACAUUGCCUUAAAGACUUCACUUGUGAAACCUGUUAAGACAAUAUUUUUAUUUUUAAUCCACCACACGGAAUUACUUUUAUUUAAUUUCAUCCAUAAGCCAUAUAUAUAUAUAUAUAUAUAUACUGAAGCAUACAUAUUAACACGUUAACAUUAAGUUAAUUAACAUGUCAGGUAUCUACCAAUCAUUAAGUCUGUUGUUUAUUUUUUUUUUUUUAUCCUCUUGUAUUUAGUAAUAUAUAUGUGUGAGCCAUACUUUGAAUGCAAUGUUUUAUAUGCAAUGAGUGAAAACUACAUGGACGAGACUUGGAGUGAGGUGUACGUAUGAUACUGAUAUUUCAUAUCUGACUGAAGUGGCUUUAAAAAAAAAAAUUUAAAAAUCACAUCUUCUGUCAUGAUUGAUGUACACAAAGCUUCCCUCUUUGCCCAAGAUAUGCUACUGUGUGUUGAACGCAAGAUGUUUUUGAAUGCUGAGACAAAAUCAGUUUUGGUUUUUUUUGUCUUAAACUGACAGUUAUUGUUUAAUGUUUUUGGAGUUCAGACUCACUGUUUAUAUAAAUUGCUUUGGCUUGGUAUUGCAUAUUGAAUGGGAUGUGUGGAUUGGAUAAUAAAGGUGGUACAUUUCUUA